UGGCCCAUGGCAUGUCUACUCAAUAGCCUCAUGAUGUAAUCUUCAUCUUCCUCCACUUUCCUAUUUCUAUUCCCUUCACCCGCAUCGGCUUGACCUUUGCUUUAUUUAGCAAAUUAAAUCAAAUCUAUCAAUUAUCUUCAGUAUUCAUUAAUCAGGACCACAAUGUCUAGUGGGAAAGAUCUUGCACAAGGAUCGUCAAACUCUCCAAACGAUUAUCAGCAACACCAACAAACAACACCAAGCCGUUAUGAAUCGCAAAAAAGAAGGGAUUGGAACACUUUUGGCCAAUAUCUGAAGAACCAGAGGCCCCUAGUUCCACUCUCCCAGUGCAAUUGCAAUCAUGUGUUAGACUUUCUUCGAUAUCUUGACCAAUUUGGAAAGACCAAAGUUCAUCUUCAAGGCUGUAUGUUUUAUGGACAGCCAGAGCCGCCAGCACCUUGCGCCUGCCCACUAAGACAAGCUUGGGGUAGCCUAGAUGCUCUCAUUGGGCGACUUAGAGCUGCUUAUGAAGAGAAUGGAGGCUCACCAGAGAUGAAUCCCUUUGCCAAUAGUGCAAUCCGAGUUUAUCUUCGAGAGGUGAGGGACUAUCAAGCUAAAGCAAGGGGGAUCCCUUAUAAGAAGAAAAAGAAGAAGACUAAUCAAAGCAAGGGAAAUGAAGAAUCAACUUCUUCUACGCACUUUGCAGGUUGAUUCCUGCAAUUGGAUAUGAUAGAAUAUGGAGGAUCGAUCCUUUCAGGCUAAGCUUUGUCAGAAAGUAAUUCUAAGCUGGACUAUGCAAGUGGUCUGAGUUUAUUAUUAUGUUGGAUAUAUUUUAUCUAUAAGGAGGUGUUUUAAUUAUAAGAUAGUCUGAAUUAUAUAUAUAUAUAUAUCUUGUUUUUUAUAUAUUUAAGGUUGUAAUUAAAAGUGAAUAAACAGUUAUUUAUUUCUUCGGAGAAGUGAUAUUAUAUUUCUAUAUUAAUGGUUAUUUGUACGUUGACGUAAGUAUAUAACGAGGUCGCGAGAUCAUCCAUAAAUA